AUGUCGACUUCUCGCAGCGUGUGCAACUUCUACUUUACGGAUUGCGGCGACGGCGUCUUCACGUGCAAGCAUCAUCUAGCGACGAAGCACCGAGACCACCUCGCCGUCUUCGAGGCUAGUCAACAGGGCCAGACGCUUCAGGACCACGGCUUCGUUGACACCAGGACGAUGGAGAUAUUCAAGUGGAUGGAGUGGGUGAUCAUGCGAAACCUUCCGUUAUCGGAGGUGGACGACACGCUGACGCGGGGACUAGCUGGUAUUAAGCCCGUGUCAUCCCAGACGCUUCUUCGCCACAUGCGUCACGUGACCUCGCAAGUGGGUGCUACCGUCGCUGAGCUUCUCGGGGACAGCUUCGGUUUGUUGUUCGACGGAUGGACCUGCGGAACAGUCCACUUUGUUGGCAUCUUCGGCGUUAGUGUUCGCGACGGCGUGCGGAGACAGCCGCUGCUGUCAAUUUCGAUGGCUGAGGAUGGGCAGUCGGCCGAUGCUCACAUCGAAAUGAUCGACAACGUUCUCGGUGCUAUCGCUACUCGGCUCAAGGUUCCCCUGAUCGGCUGUGCAAGCCACCGCUUCAAUCUGGCGGUUUGCGAGUAUCUAACCGAAUAUGCGGACCUCAUCGCUGAAGUUCAAGUUCUGUGCAUCCAGCUGCGACACCCAAACAACAGCGCAGCGCUGGCAGCGUUCACGGGCCUCAAGCCGCUGAAGGCCACCGUGACCCGUUGGUCAUCUACUUACGAGAUGCUCAAGCGCUAUGUCGAGAUUCGAGACGCUAUCAAGAUGGUGCAAGCUGUUGAAGAUUUAGUGCCACGUCCAAGCUCUCACCGCCGUAUUGUUCAGCUUCUGAGCAAGCUGGGUGACCUUGACAGCGUAUGCGUAAAGUUGCAGAGCGAGGAGCUAACGCUUGCUGACGUCCGGCUUUUUUUCGACGCCGUGGUGGUGAAGUACCCGGUAACGGCAAGUUACCUCAAGGCUGAUGCCAGUAUUGUGCACUCUCCUGUUUUUGAGAGGGCCGUCGUGAAAGUUCAGGGUGAUCGCAGGCUUCAAGCAGACGAAGAAGCUGCUGUCGAGCCCUUUCUGGUCGUCCAACCUUCUUCAGCCCGGCCGACCAAGCAGGUGGACUUCGCUACAGCCACACUCCGGCAAGCCAAGAAGGCUCGCCACGCGUCAGCACAGAAGUACGACGAGAUGUUGAGCCAACUGCCGCCAACUAGCAACCGAUGUGAGCGCCUCUUUUCACAGUGCAAGCUAAUUCUCACCCCACGGCGGUCAAGUCUGCUGCCAGCGAACUUUGAGAUGCUCGUGUUUCUACGAGCGAAUCGCGACCUUUGGAGCUUCACCUCGCUUGUUGGCAUUGAUGAUGUUUAG